AGGUCAUCUUCACCGCAGAGACAGACAGCCGGAGGAGAAGCUGAGAGAGUUAAAGGAGGUGAGACAGCAGGAAACAAUAAGGAGACUUGAACAGAAGAAGGAGAGACGGGUGAAGGUCGAGGAGGAGAGACGUCCUGCUGAUCAUCUUAAAGGCCUGAAGAACGUGCUGCCGAGAGCUUCGCCAUGGCAACCAAAAUAGUAACCCAGCGCUGCCAGGAGGAGCAGAUGGAGCAGAUGUCUCACAGCAUGCAGAUGUCGUCCCAGAUCAAGAAGAGAAAGUUCAAAUCCAGUGAUGAAACGGCCUCUCUGAGUGAAUUCUAUCCCAUCAUUCCUGGUGACGUCAUGUCUGUGAAGGAAAUCCUGACUGAACCCAAGUUCCCACGCAACCGGACAUGGGAGGCCCUGAGAGAGACGCUGUCCAGUGAUGAGCUGCACGAGAGGGACCAGUGGACGCUGUUCGGGAACGAGGCUGAGAAACUGGAGAUCGGUGUGAUCAGAAACCAGCGUGUCGUCCGUGAGCGUGUGGAUCGAUUGGCUCUGCGCCGGGAGGCCGAGAGAAAAGCUUCUUUGCACAUGAAGUUGAUUGAGGAUCUGAGCAUGAAGGCUCCUGAUUUCCCCGUCCCGCUGCGGCCGCACACGGUGUGGACCGGGAUGGACGUCAAACUCUCCUGUUCGGUUCAGGGGUGCCCGCUUCCCAGCGUCACAUGGUAUAAGGAUGACGUUCCUCUCCGAGGAUCUCUGCCGUGGAACUACAAGCUGAUGCAGAAGUGCGGCCUCGACGUUUUGGAGAUCAGGAGAUGUUCUGCUGAAGAUGCCGGAGAAUACAAGGUUAUAGCGAAAAGUUCUCUGGGAGAGGCGACGUCCAGCGCCAGGCUGAUAGUCAACUCACAUGAAGGGGCCGAGGCGACACUGAAGCGCUCGUGGAUGCCCAUCCCAGUUCCAGAACCGGACGCUCAGCUGGCCUCCACCUUUCCUCCAACAUUUGUGAAAGAAGGUGACAACUUGGUUCUGCAGUGCAGUUUCACCACAGCUUUACUGCCGUUCCAACAGGAUGUGACCUGGUACAGAGAUGGGCUGGUGCUGCAUCAGUCCAGUCGUGUGGAGCUGCAGACGGGUCUGCGAUCCGCCAAUCUCACCCUGAAGCGAGUGCACAAGGAACAUGAAGGCCUGUACAGCGUCCGUCUGCGCAUCUGGGAGGGAACCGUCGAGCACAGCGCCUACGUCUAUGUCAAAGAUGGACCUGCGGUUGUGGUCGGCGCUCCAGGUUCUCCUCUACAGGUGAAGUGUUCUGAUGUGAACCGGGAUUACGUGUUCCUCUCGUGGAUUCCUCCCAGCGCAGACGGAGCCGCUUCUGUGCAGGGUUACUUCAUAGAGAGGUGUGACAUCGGUGUUGGGAAGUGGGAACGCUGUAAUGAUGUCAUCCAGAGGGAGUGUCAUUAUCCUGUCAUGGGAUUGAAGGAAAACACAAUGUACCAGUUCUGUGUGUGUGCAGUCAACCAGGCAGGCGUGGGCCGUCCGUCUAAACCCACUGACCCCAUCCUGACCUCUGACCCCCUGGAGCCCAGCAGGACUACGGUGGUGAAGGUGGAUCGCGGGAGAGAGAUUGUGAUCACUAAGGACCAGCUGGAGGGUCAAAUCCGAGUACCGUUCUCCCCCACUGAUAUGCGAGUUUGUGAGCUUAGCGACACCUACGCUGUGCUGAGCUGGACUGAACCAGAUCCGCGGGGCAGAGAGCCUCUCACCUACUUCGUGGAGCGG